AAUGGCGGCAACCAAAAGGAAAUUCACUGUUCCAUCUCUAGAAGAGUUGGACAAGGAUGUACAAGAAUCCAGGCGUAAUCCAAUAUUUAAUACGUAUAAGACAUCCAGCAAGGAUAUCGAAGAAAGUAGGGAUGGUACUAACUCGGCAACAAGUAAUGCUGGUGAUUUAAAAAGACACGAAGUCAACAACCUUGGAAGCAAAUCUGAGCUAACACUGAAUGGAGGGACAGGAUUACUCAACAAAAACUGCGUUCCAAAACAGGAUUCUGUCCCUUUUCGGGAAAUUCUACCUGCCCAGAACAAGGUUGAAGGAGAAGGAAAUAGUAGCAGUGAUUGUUCUGUCAAACCUACCGUGGGAAAGACAUUCCGAGAGACGUUUGCAUUUCUGGAGGAGACGAAUCAUUUUAAAGAGACAGUAGCAAAAAUAAAGGAAAAAGAAUCAACAAUAGAUGUCAACAGUUCAUCUGUACCUGUGACUUCAAAAUCAAACAGAAAUGCUAUUAUUGUUAAUCCAAGACAGAAGGGAAAUCCAGUGUUAAAACAUAUCAGGAAUGUUCCAUGGGAGAUGGGAGAUAUUAUUCCAGAUUAUGUGCUGGGUCCUUCGACUUGUGCUCUGUUUUUAAGUUUAAGGUAUCAUCACUUUAACCCAGAGUACAUCCAUGAGAGACUGAAACUCCUUGGACAGAGAUAUGAACUUAGAAUACUUCUUGUUCAAGUUGAUGUGAAAGAUCCUCACCAGACGAUAAGGGAGCUUUCUAAAAUGGCACUGAUGGCUGACUGUACUCUUAUGCUUGCCUGGAGCUCAGAGGAGGCAGGAAGAUAUCUUGAAACUUACAAAGUUUAUGAAAAUAAACCACCUGAUGCUCUUCUUGGUCAAAGUGAAGGAGAUUACCUCAGCAAGCUCACGGAUUGCUUAACCACUGUGAAAGGAGUAAACAAAACAGAUGUAGUGUCUCUCAGCUCCACAUUUGGGUCCCUUGCUAAUAUGGCAACAGCCUCAAAGGACGACUUGGCUUUACUUCCUGGAUUUGGGCCUUUGAAGGCUCAGAGACUACAUAACCUGAUUCAACAGCCAUUUGUUGCCAAAAAAGCAAAAUCAUCAGAAGUUAAAGAAAGGUCAUGAUAUUUAUUUAAAUUAAUAGCAUGUCAAGUCCAUCAUGUUAAGAAAGACAAAGGAAAUAGAUUGCAAAACUUAUUACUGGUAACUAUACUGUAAAUAGUUAUUUAAUUCAUACUGCUCUGUAUAUACUCACAAUUUAUGCACACCGACUGUACAGAGGUAAUUAAAUGUGAUCAAAAUGUUGGGGUGUAUGCAGAAAAUUACAUUGUCUCCCAGCUGAAACAAUUUUCCUCAAAUGUUUUCAACAUUCAACCAAGAAGGUAAUGGAAAUUGUUCAUCAUAAUUUUACAAAGAAGGAGAAAGAAACUUUUAUAUACAAUACAAAUCAAAGAUUUACAGGUGCACAAGCUCAUGAAUAAAUGUCAGUCACUUUCCAACUUAAGAGUCCUUUUCUGUUGCCUGCAUAAUCAGUGUUUUUUUUUUUUACCAUUUAGCUUUUUAUGACCAUUUUUUCAUUCUUAUCCAUUCCAAAUUUUAUUGAGAGGUAUGGUUGUAUUCUAUUGCUGUUCUCCUGUUUGUUUAUGUUUUUGCAUGAGCUCACAUCGGAAGAUAGUGUUUUGAAGUUCACUUAUUACAUUCUAUGACCAUUUUGGAUUUAUGUUUACUUAAAAUUUUUUUUAAUGUAUAUGCUGUGCAGUUACUUCCUCAUGGUAGUAUUAUUAAGCUGGAUAUGGUGAUAUUAGCUAAAGGUAACUGUAAAGUUGCUUAGAACAAGCUUUACCCUGUAUUUAAGCUCUACCUAAUAUAUUUGACUCCGUUCAAUAUAACUAUUGUUAGUCAUUUCUUGUUCAUUCGCUUUGGUUGUGGAAAUAUUGCAAUAAGUUUAUCAAUCCUUCUCCUUCAAAUUUUCUUUAAAAUUAAGCAUUAGAUCGUAAUUAUCACAGAAUAAAUAUCAAUGGUCUAGACCCUUUGUAAA